AUGAACACCUUGACAGAACAGAAUGAUGAGAGUUCCGCGCUGGUUGCGAACAUGAGGCAAGAGCUGGCUGACGCCAAGGAUGCUCUUAACAAACAGAGCGAAGAAUCAGCUCGUCAAAGGGCCGAAGAAGCUGUUGAAGUUCAGAAAAUGAGUGACACGAUAAGGACCCUCCAUGAGCAGAACACUGAGAGCUCUGCACUGGUUGCCAGCCUGAGGCUAGAAGUGGCCGAAGCAAAGGAUGCUCUCAACAUUCAGGUCGAGGAGGCGGUCCAGCGCAAGACCGAAGAUGCUGCUGAAAUACAGAAGCUGACUGACGCCAUGAACAUCUUGAGAGAACAGAAUGAUGAGAGUUCCGCACUGGUGGCAAACAUGAGGCAAGAGCUGGCUAACUCCAAGGAUGCUCUCAACAAGCAAAGCGAAGAAUCAGCUCGUCAAAGGGCCGAAGAAGCUGUUGAAGUUCAGAAAAUGAGUGACACGAUAAGGACCCUCCAUGAGCAGAACACUGAGGGCGCUGCACUGGUUGCCAGCCUUAAGCGAGAGGUGACCGAAGCUGAGGAUGCUUUCAAUAAACAGAUUCUGGAAACUACUAGUCUAAAGAAGGAGUAUGCUGUUGAAGUUCAGAAUCUAAAUGAACAAAAUAGAAAUCUUCAAGAACAGAAUAAUGAGGUUUCGUUGCAAAAUUUCUCAAGUAUAAUUAUGUCAUUUACACCGCUAUGUUCUUUGUGA